AUGGCGUCCGCAUCAGUCGACGGCGCCCCCGUCUCCCAGCAGGCCCAAGCGAAAGUGAACGGCAUCGUCCAACGAGACGCCGCCAAGGGGCGCGUGCCCAUCCACACCUUCGACCCCAAUUCCAGUCCCGAGUCCAAAGGUGCCGCCGCCGGCAAAGGAGAGGAUAAGCUUGGCCUCGAGAAUGCCGACGUGCAGACAGGCGCGAAAGAGCUUGCUGUGGACACGGGCACCGCGAACGCAAGUGUCCUCCCGACCAUCACCGUCGAAGACGUUGACCGGAGUCGAGCCGUCAACGGAAACGGAGUGGUCGCCAACGGUAACGGAGUCGCCGGACAGAAGGCAAACGGCGUCGCCUCACCAACAUCUCCCGCCUGGCCAGCCUCGCCUACCGAGCCCACCGACCCCGAAGCCCCUGGAGCAAUGCCGAACGGUCCUGCACCUGAGAUACCGGACCGGUACAAGCUCGGGUGGCGGGACGUUUCUGGAAUCGACAAGGCGCCCGCAGCGGCAGGAGACGAGGCCGACAAGGAAGUCCUGACUCUCUUUUUGAAGGAGCAAUUCUAUGGCGAGUGGUAUCACAAUGCAGCACUUAUCGUCGCAACCGUCAUCGUGACCCAUUUUCUAACUCGGUUCCACUUCGGCUGGGGUUGGCUUUUCAUCGUCCUCGCCUUCUGCAACACAUACUAUGCAACUUCCAUGAAGCGCGUCCGGGCGCGUGCCCGCGACGAUAUCCAGCGCGAGCUCGUCAAAACCCGUUUCAGCACUGAUACCGGAAUCGAGUCUGCGGAGUGGAUCAACAACUUCCUCGACCGCUUCUGGCUCAUCUAUGAACCCGUUCUUUCUCGCACUGUCGUCGCCUCCGUCGACCAGAUUCUAUCCACGAACUGCCCUCCUUUCCUGGAUUCGCUUCGCCUGAGCACCUUCACGCUCGGUACCAAAGCGCCUCGCAUCGACCGCGUGAAGACCUACGGACGCACCGAGGACGAUGUCGUGGUCAUGGAGUGGUGGUUCUCGUUCACCCCGAACGACACCUCCGAGCUGACGGAGAAGCAGAAGAUGGUGUGGGAGAGGCGGCGGCGGCGCGCGGCGGUAGGGACACUCAUGCAUCUGGAGAUCCUGUUCGAACGCGACGCGGUGGCGAUGCCUCAACCGUCUUGUAGGUCCAUCCUCCUCGCGCGCGCAAUGACAGGCAUGCCUUGGGCGCUGCCGCCGGCCCGCUGA